GUUCUCAUCAUAUAAAACUUGGCCGCAGCAAUCACGCAGUCUUUCAAGGACUCACUCAACAACCAUUAUCAUCGAUUAUAUAUCAUGGGGGACACCCUACAAUCUCUCAUCCUCGUCAAAAACCCCACCUUGAUCUUUGGGGUCAGCGAGUUUCUACUCGCAGUGUUAUCAUUAAGCCCAACCCCGACGUUUGUACCGUUGGUACUGCUCCUCACCAUUCUGCGCGUCCAUGGGAUGCGCAUCUCAUGCCGAAGCACUAGGGUAUUGGAGCUAAUGUGCUCUUGGGUAGCUGUAACAGCUGGUGCUUCAUUAGCGCAUUACUCCUCCGCAACAAAUGCGCUGUCAAGCUCGCUGCAGUCGUUUGCUGCGGUUGCGGUUAUGUCCGCAGCCACAUACGUGUUGGCAAUCUUGCCGUUUUAUGUAGAUAUCCGAUUCCGUCACAAAUUCCAAACUGUCUGGGCUCAGGUCGCCUUUUUACCUGUUGUGUGGGCGAUGACAUGGGCUAUUGUAUCCCACCUCUCCCCCGUGGGGAGACUCCUAAAUUGGAGUCCAGUCUCUUCUUCCCAUCCUUUUGGUUGGUUACUACCCUAUACAGGGCCAAUGGGCAUCGACUGGGCCGUCGGUGCCUGUGCGGCUCUGUCUUCGGAAGUUGCAGCUGCCUGGCUAAUGAGCACCGACAACGACGAGCAACUGGUUCACCUGUCUACUUCGUCCGGUGAAGCGCAAUCCAACAGGCGCUCGCGGAGUCUUCUCACUUUAGGAACACUUCUUGUCGCACUCACCCUUCCGUCUUUAUAUGUCGGUCUACCCGCUCGAACUGACACCAUCUUUGAUACUUCGCCUCUGGGUGUUGCCUGCGCCCUCCCACCCGUUCGCAAAGGUCAACGUCCAACUCUCGGCGACUUCAUUACCGAGACCAAAAAAUUAACUUCGCAGGCCAAGGUAGUUCUGUGGCCUGAAAGUGCGGUAGAGUUCGAGGGUCAGGAGGAGAGGGAAGCCGCGUUCGAAGAGUUGCGCAAGAAUAUUCAGAGAUCUGUGAUCGGAGUUGCCUUCGAUGAAUUCGUGCCCAAAGAUCCGUCAAACCCCGGUGGAUCACACAUGCGGCGCAACGGGCUUGCCCUUGUCCAUGAAGGACAGAAGAAAGGCGAGGAAGUCGUACAAUAUUACAAACGUAACCUCGUUCCGUUCACAGAAUCCUUCUCAGCAAUUCCUUCAACUGAGCCCCCAGCUAUGUACAACUUUGAGCUUGGCCCUCCAAAAUGGGCGACGAAAUCUGAAUGGUCCUCGACGCCUAAUCAUACCCGCCCAGUUACUAUCACAUCAUCUAUCUGUCUUGAUUUCGCGUUCUCAUCUGCGUUUAGUUCGCUUGACUCCAGACCAGCUUUGAUCCUGGCACCCGCUCGCACGUGGGACUCCACCGUCAGUCUGGCGAUGUGGGAACAAGCAAAGUCGCGUGCAAACGAAAUCGGGAGCAUGGUGCUGUGGUGUGAUGGAGGAGCAAUGGGAGUCAGUGGCGUUGGAGGUGGUGGCAUUUCGGAGAUUAUGCAACUUGGCUCCGGAUCGUGGACUCGCACUAUCGGCUUGCAGUUCCCAUUCGACCAAAGGAGGACUGUCUAUGCCGUGGUUGGAGACUUCGGUGUGCUCGUUUUGUUGGUCGCGAUCAUGGGCGGAAGCUCAGUUGUUUGGCAUCUGCCGGCACUUUCCGGUAGCCUCUCCGGUAGCCGUUCGGUCCUGCAAGCAGUGCCGCUCUUGCGGCGUCUCCUCCCUGGUAGACAAAGGGAUCAAGAGAGUCUGAUUGAUGUUGCAGUACCGGGUGAGAGGCAGAGCUUACUGCACUGAUCUUCCCUGCAGUUGUCGUGAAUGACAAGUCGUUUUUUUGUUUGAUUUCUUGUUCGGCUUGUUCUGUGUACUUAUAGCUACCAGCGUCUGUCAUCCUGUCUAACACGAACACAAGUCUUUAUAUCAGCUGUUUGCUUUCCUCGCUCAGAUGAAACAAUGAAAAUGAUUGAUGUCUUGGAGCUGAAUCAGGAGAUGCCCACAACAAGGGACGAUCAUGAUACUAUUCCACCCGUUCUGGUCCUAAUUACUCCUCGC